AGUGUGUGCUCUCAGUCACGGAUAACGCAAAACCUCUCUGUCUUCCCAAAUCCACCACCUCACAACGACGACGACGAUGGCUCUUUCUACUGGAAUCUUCUCUACCUUCCUCUGCGUCAAAACGGCGCCGUUACGCAGCUCACCGUUCCGCCGUGUUUCCCCUCAACCGGCUAACCUGCGCAUGGUGCGAGCCGUGACCUCCGCGACGGCGGCGUCAUCCGAGCCGUCAGCCACCAAGACUCGGGAGCCACGCGGCAUCAUGAAGCCUCGGCCAGUGUCCCCCGAGAUGCAGGACGUGGUGGGUGAGCCGGUGAUUCCUCGCACGCAGGCUCUUAAGCGCAUUUGGGCCUACAUCAAGGAACACGACCUUCAGGAUCCACAAGACAAGAAGGUUAUAAUCUGCGACGAGAAGCUGAAGAAGAUUUUCGCAGGCAAAGACCGUGUCGGCUUCUUGGAGAUUGCAAAGCUCAUCGGUCCUCACUUCCUCUGAAUGAAACUCGGCGGAGAGAUGACAAUCAAUCAAAUCACUAGCGUAUGUUUUGGUGAGGUCUAUCAAGACCAUGAAAUAUCAUAAUCAUAUCACAUAUUAGUAACGUUAGGAUCAAGAAGUUUUAUGCAACAAAGUAGUAGUCAAGACCUUGCUUUUGUUGGUUAUGUGUCUCUUUGCUUCAGAUUGCAGUUUAAAUUUGCUUUGUUUUUGUCUUAGGACUUGAGUAACUAUUUGAUGCAUCGUUUCUUCAUAUUGUCAACAUGCCUCCCAUUUUAAUU